CCCCACACCCCCCCCCCUUCUCUCUCUCACCUCUUUCUCCCCAGCUUUGGUAUAAUAUCUAGUUUGUCUCAGACACAUUCAUCUGCCCCCCCGAGUGGCGUCUUACAGAUUAACAGUGGAUGGAGUCUAGAGGCAGCAGCCUGCCGCUGAUCACUAAACUUUUAACUAAGGCCGGGUCCGUACGCUAACCGUAGACUUUGGCACCUAAAGGGGGGAAACGUAUGCAGCCUGGCGAGGGGAAGAGUUCGGCGGUGAGGCGCUGCCGAUGAUCCAGAGCUCAGGGGGGGGAGGAGGUUGUGGCGACGGCGGUUUGUCCAGGAGAUGCACGGAGGAUCCUUGGUAUGUUCCUGUACAAAGCCCUUAAACACAGAGAUGAAGAGGAGGAGGACAUCCAGUCCCAGAAACCCUGGAUAGAAAGCACUUUCACCAAGAGGGAAUGUGUGUACAUACUUCCAGUGUCAAAGGACCCCCACAGAUGCCUUCCAGGAUGCCAGAUUUGCCAGCAGUUGGUCCGGUGCUGCUGUGGACGGCUGGUGCGGCAGCACGCCGGCUUCACGGCCAGCCUGGCCACCAAGUACUCAGAUGUGAAGUUGGGUGAAAGCUCCAACCUGCCCGAUCCAGAGGAGUGGUCUGUGGAAAAACACACAGAAGGGAGUCCGACUGAUGCCUAUGGUGUCAUCAACUUCCAGGGAGGGUCUCACUCAUACAGGGCCAAGUAUGUGCGCUUGUCUCACGACUCUCGACCAGAGAGCAUCCUGCGGCUGAUGCUGAAGGAGUGGCACAUGGAGCUCCCCAAGAUCCUCAUCUCUGUGCACGGAGGAGUUCAAAACUUUGAGCUGCACCCCCGCAUCAAGCAGGUGGUGGGCAAGGGUCUCAUCAAAGCUGCAGUCACCACCGGGGCCUGGAUUCUCACCGGAGGCGUCAACACAGGUGUUGCAAAGCAUGUGGGAGAUGCUCUGAAAGAACACUGCUCAAGGUCUUCAAAGAAAAUUUACACAAUUGGCGUUGCACCAUGGGGAGUCAUUGAAAACAGGAGCGAUCUUAUUGGCCGAGACACUACUGUUCCAUAUCAGACUCUGCUGAAUCCUCUCAGCAAGCUGAACGUUCUGAACAAUCUACAUUCCCAUUUCCUCCUGGUGGAUGACGGGACUGUGGGCAGGUACGGGGCCGAGGUCAAACUGAGGCGGGACCUGGAGAAACACAUCAACCUGCAGAGAAUACACGCACGAAUCGGUCAGGGUGUUCCUGUUGUGGCGCUGAUCCUUGAAGGUGGCCCAAACGUGAUCCUGACUGUGCUGGAAUACCUUCAGGAGAGCCCUCCUGUCCCUGUGGUGGUGUGUGAGGGGACCGGCCGUGCUGCUGACAUUCUGGCCUACGUCCACAAGCAGACAGAGGAGGGGGGCAGCCUUCCUGACGGCGUGGAGACGGACAUCAUCGCCACCAUCAAGAAAACCUUCAACUUCAGUCAGAGUGAAGCCAUCCACCUCUUUCAGAAACUGAUGGAGUGCAUGAGGAGCAAAGAACUGAUCACUGUGUUUCACAUCAGCUCAGAGGAACACCAAGACAUUGAUGUAGCUAUUCUGAGGGCCUUGCUCCAAGGCACAAACGUGUCUGCCUUCGAUCAGCUGGUCCUGACCCUGGCCUGGGACCGCGUGGACAUCGCCAAGAAUCACGUGUUUGUGUACGGACAGCAGCUUCUGGUGAGCUCCUUGGAGCAGGCCAUGCUGGACGCUCUCAUCAUGGACAGGGUGGACUUUGUGAAGCUGCUCAUAGAAAACGGCGUGAGCAUGCACCGCUUCCUGACAAUCAGUCGGCUGGAGGAGCUCUACAACACGAAACAACCUCCAAACAACCCAACUCUCCUCCACCUGGUCAGGGAUGUGAAGCAGAGCAAUCUUCCCCCAAACUAUAAAAUCACCUUGAUCGACGUAGGCCUGGUCAUCGAAUACCUGAUGGGCGGGACUUACAGGUGCAACUACACCAGGAAGCGCUUCAGAAUCAUUUACAACAAUCUUCAUGGCAACAGUAGGCGGUCGGGGCGCCACAUGGCCGGUCCGGGUUCCCAUCUGAGGAAAAAUCACGAGGCUUUCAGCAUGCAGGCCGACAAGAAGGAGAAGACGAGACACAAUCACUUCAUCAAGACCGCACAGCCGUACAAACCCAAGCUGGAGUCUACCGCUGAGCAGAACAAGAAACGAAGCAAAGAGGAGAUCGUAGACAUCGAUGACCCAGAGACACGCCGGUUCCCCUACCCUUUCAACGAGCUCUUAGUGUGGGCAGUGCUGAUGAAGAGGCAGAAGAUGUCUCUCUUCUUCUGGCAGCAUGGGGAGGAGAACAUGGCAAAGGCGCUCGUGGCCUGUAAGCUCUGCCGCUCCAUGAGCUACGAGGCCAAGAAGAGCGACGUGGUGGACGAUACGUCGGAGGAGCUCAAAGAGUACUCCAACGAGUUCGGGACGCUCGCCGUGGACCUGCUGGAGCAGUCCUUCAGGCAGGACGAGACCAUGGCCAUGAAGCUGCUGACCUACGAGCUGAAGAACUGGAGCAACUCCACCUGCUUGAAGCUGGCCGUCUCCUCCCACCUGCGGCCCUUCGUCGCCCACACCUGCACCCAGAUGCUGCUGUCGGACAUGUGGAUGGGACGGCUGAAUAUGCGCAAGAACUCCUGGUACAAGGUGAUUCUCAGUAUCUUGGUGCCUCCUGCCAUACUGCUUUUGGAGUACAAGUCCAAAGCCGAGAUGGCUCACAUCCCUCAGAGUCAAGAUGACCACCAAAUGACCAUGGAGGACAGCGAACACAACUUUCAGACCAUGGCUGAAGACAUCCAAAUGGAUGUGUUCAAGGAAGCCAGGACCCACGAGCACCUGGAGGUGAAAAACGACAUGGAGACGCAGGUCCGCUCUCGAAAACUGCCUCUGACCAGAAAGAUCUACGCCUUCUACCACGCUCCCAUUGUCAAGUUUUGGUCCAACACGCUUUUCUACCUGGCUUACUUGAUGUUGUACACAUUUGUGGUCCUGGUGAAAAUGCACCCGUUUCCUUCUCCUCAAGAAUGGUUGGUCAUCCUUUACAUCUUCACCUCUGCUAUCGAGAAGAUUCGAGAGAUGUUUAUGUCCGAAGCAGGCAAAAUAAGCCAAAAAGUCAAGGUGUGGUUCAGCGACUAUUUUAAUGUGUCCGACUUUCUGGCCAUCGUUACGUUCUUUAUUGGAUUCGGCCUGAGGUUGGCUGGAGGCGACGCCUUGAUCCCAGGGCGAACGGUUUACUGCCUCAACAUCAUCUUUUGGUAUGUUCGGCUCCUGGACAUCCUGGCUGUGAACCAGCAAGCUGGACCGUAUGUCAUGAUGAUCGCUAAAAUGGUGGCCAACAUGUUUUACAUCGUGGUGAUAAUGGCUAUUGUCCUCCUGAGCUAUGGCGUCCCAAGAAAAGCCAUUCUGUACCCAGACGAGGAGCCCAGCUGGAAACUGGCCAAAGACGUGGUCUUCCAACCGUACUGGAUGAUGUACGGAGAAGUGUACGCCUAUGAAAUCGAUGUGUGUGCCAAUAACAGCGAAGUAAGGCAUUUGUGCUCAGAGACAGACCCAGUGUGGCUCACGCCUCUGCUACAAGCAGUCUACCUCUUUGUACAGUAUAUACUGAUGGUCAACCUCCUUAUUGCCUUCUUCAACAAUGUAUAUAUACAAGUAAAGUCCAUUUCCAAUCUGGUGUGGAAGUACCAGCGCUAUCACUUCAUCAUGGCCUACCACGAGAAGCCUGUCCUCCCGCCCCCCUUCAUCCUGCUGUGCCAUAUUUACUCCCUUUUCUGUAUGUGUAGAAAGAGGAAGAAGGAGAGCACCUAUGGACCAAAGCUGUUUCUCACUGAGGAAGACCAGAAGAAGCUUCACGAUUUUGAGGAGCAGUGCGUGGAGACAUACUUUCAUGAAAAGGACGAUCAGUUUCACUCAGGCAGCGAGGAGCGCAUUCGUCUUACCUCUGACAGGGUUGAGACGAUGUGUUUGCAACUAAAGGAGGUUGGGAAUAAGGUGAACUUUAUAAAGCGCUCCUUGCACACGCUGGACUCACAGAUCGGUCACCUGCAAGACCUUUCUGCUCUGACCGUGGACACGCUAAAGACGCUGACCGCUCAGAGGGCGUCCGAAGCCAGCAAGGUCCACACUCAGAUCACCAGGGAGCUCAGCCUGUCCAAGAACGUGGUUCCAAGCGUCGCACACGUGCCAGCGGAGUCUAAAUCGUCGGUGAUUGGCAAACGCAGCGUGGGGGCCUACUUUGGCUCCUCUUUUCCCCAAGCUGGAACCAACAUGGCAGAUUCUCUUUUUGGGACCGGUGCAGAAGGAGGAGGUGCUGGGAUGGAAGGCCGUCGCAGAUUUGGGGCCAGCCCAGGGACUGAGCUGGGGCUGGACCCCAUAACGAACCCGGCACUAAGCCCGGAGAAAAGGAGCCUGUUUGGGCAAGGACACUUUGCUGCGGAGGCUGGCUCCUCAGGCAGCACGGGCCCCAGGGCCUUUGUCCAAAGUACUGAGCUCACUUCCCCUCCAGAGAGGCGUCACCGAGGCCACUCUCUCACCCAGAGUAAGCUCACCCGUCCGCAAGAACUGGGCCUUUCUGACUCGCCCUCCAGCCUGCCCAACGUGCCCUCCCUUGGAGCCCAGUUCCGCAUCAGCAGCACCCCUUCUCAGCCCAGCGGCUCCAGCCACCCUGAACCUGCCCGGGAAGGGCUCUACCAGCAACCCCCCCAGCCAGACAGCACCUCUGUAGAGUUUGGGGCGUUUGUAGGUGAGUAUAGAAAUGAAGCUAAACCUGCUGUAGACAACAUGGAGGAGGAGGAGGAGAGGUGUGUUUGUGUGUACCCUACAGUAGUUGUUGUCUCUGACGCCUCAAACUCUGCUCAGCCUGCCUCUCUGCUUGCUAGCGCUGUAAAGCCUAAGAACCCAGAGGGGUUAAAAUGGGGGGAGGGAGACGGGAAUGAGAACUGGGGCUAUGUGAACGAAGCAUUCAGCGAUGAAGAGGGUCGAUCUGGGGCUCCUCCUAGAAGCUCUACGCAAACUGAAGUAGCUCCAGAGGCGGCGUCACGAUCGGAUCACAGCCUUGAAAAUGGCUCUCCAGCCCCUGCCGUGGUGCCCAAACGACCCCACAGACGGAAAAGGAGCGACUGCCAUCUUCCAGGACCAUCAGCCUCUGGCUGCGAUGGCCCAAACGGGUCAGAAGCUCAACGUAAUGGGAGGAAAACCGCGAGACAGCUAAACAUCAGAGGACAUAAAGAGAGUUUGGACGUGCGUCCCUCUAAGCCCAAAGACGCCUCCAGCAGAGAGCAAAGUCCGACUACGCAGACCAGGUCACAGCAAAACAUUGAAGGUCAUGGUAUUAUCAGAGCGGUCAACUCGUAUGCUGGCUUCACAGAGUUUGACCGAAUCCCAGCUUUUCUUCAUCCAGACUCCACUCUGACGAAGAAGGACAGAAGCAGAGUUUCAGCUGAAGACAUCCCCAGAGCUGCAGUACUUGAAAGAGUUCAGGUGAAAUCAGCCCAAGCCAGCUCCCUGAGACCUCCUGAGGAGGAAACACUAAAUGCUGCCGUCUCUCUAUAUGCGGCUCGCCACAGCCACCUCGGAGCCAGGAAGGACUCUAUUGGCUCACCCUUCAAGCCUGUGGAAAGCUAUCAGUACUCAGCUGUGGAGCGCAACAACUUGAUGAGGUUGUCUCAGAGCAUCCCCUUCACACCUGUGCCCCCUAGAGGGGAGCCGGUGACGGUGUAUCGUCUGGAGGAGAGCUCCCCCCACACCAUCAACAACAGCAUGUCCUCCUGGGCCCAGCGGGGCCUCUGUGCCAAAAUUGAAUUUCUCAGCAAGGAGGAGAUGGGCGGAGGACUCAGACGUGCCCUUAAGGUGCUCUGUACCUGGUCAGAGUAUGACAUCCUGAAGCCUGGACAUCUCUAUAUAGUGAAGUCCUUCCUGCCUGAGGUGGUCCAGACGUGGCAGAGCAUCUACAAGGAGGACACCGUGUUGCAUCUUUGUCUCAGGGAGAUUCAGCAGCAACGAGCUGCUCAGAAGCUGACUUUUGCCUUCAAUCAAAUCAGACCAAAGACCAUACCUUACUCACCGAGGUUUUUGGAGGUGUUUCUGCUGUACUGCCACUCAGCUGGACAGUGGUUUGCUAUAGAAGAGUGCAUCACCGGCGAGUUCAGGAAGUUCAACAACAACAACGGCGACGAGAUUGUUCCCACCAACCUCCUGGAGGAAACCAUGCUGGCUUUCAGCCACUGGACGUACGAGUACACCCGCGGAGAGCUGCUGGUGCUCGACCUGCAGGGCGUUGGAGAGAUCCUGACGGAUCCAUCAGUUAUCAAGAGUGGGGAGAAAGGAUCAUACGACAUGAUAUUCGGACCUGCCAACCUCGGAGACGACGCUUUCAGAAACUUCCGUACUAAACACCACUGCAACUCCUGCUGUCGUAAACUUAAACUUCCAGAUCUAAAGAGAAAUGACUACACACCGGAUAAGGUUACCUUCCCUCAGGAUGACCCUCCCAACCCAGGGGGCGGAGUUAAAAAAUCCCACCAAUCAAUGAGACUGAUGCUGUGAUCAGUGAGACACUUUUUUUGUGUGUGGGUGUUUAUUUGGAGCGCCUGUGUUUUUUUUUAUUUUUUAUCUACUAUUGAAGCCAAGGAGCAGGAAGGUGAAGCCAACGAACUGGACGAAUGCUGCUGUGUUUCUUGUGCAUGCAGACUGUUGUGUUCUCGUCCGUUUCACCAAAACGCCGCAGAACACAUCAGCUAUCUUAAUCUCUUGUUUUUAGACAUUGGGGGGAGGGUGGUUUUUAAAAUAUUUUGUACAAGUUUCUGAACAUAUAUACAUGUGAACUGGAUAUAUCAACAGGUACAGUGUCAUUGCAGAGGCUUUAUUUAUUUUGAAGUUUGAAAAGUUGCCUUGUUUUACCAAAAGAAAAUGGAAAAAAAAAAAGAACAAAACCAAGUGCAUUGUAGAUCUGUUACAGCAGCUUCAGAGAGGCCCACUGAGACCGAGUUGCUGCAACUUUGCAGAUUGCCACCAGAUAACUCUUUUUAAAUGUAUAAAAACUUGUAUCCUUUUGUCUUUUAGCUAAUAAUAAGAAAUACAUGAAUUUAAAACUCUUGUUUAAAAAAAAGAAAGAAAAAUGGGCAGAUUGCAAUGCAACUUUUACAGAAACAUGUAUGUAAUUUUAUUGUAUUGAAAGUGUCCAUUGCUUUUUAGUUUUUAUUGUUACAAAGGUACUAUUGCUAUAUCUUUGUCAUCAGCUGUUGUUUGAGCAAACUCCAAUCUCGUGUAUCUUAUAGAUACAGAUAUGAGGCAUGAGCUGAGCAGAAUGAACUGUUUUAUUCAGGGGAACUGAUGAACACAAGGGUAUUACUGUAUACAUUUUGUACUGAAUAUCAUUUGAAACAAAUAAAAUGUCACUCAAGCCAGAAAA